CCGCCGGCGAAGCAGCGUCCCUGGGGCAGGGCGGCGAGGCAGGGCAGCGGCGGGACACGGCGGGUUCUCGGUCCGAUGCCCGGCAGCGCGAGGCGAGGAGCUACUGCGCCUUCCUGUCGCGGCACGGCGAGUGUCUCCGGCCUCGGAGUUUUCCUGAAGCAGCCGUCACACCGGGAGCACUUUUGGUAGAGAGGGAGCAGGAGGACACCCCGAAAUGACUUAUCUCCAGAAGAGCGACUGAACGGGACUUACUGGAGUGGAAACAUAGUGGAAUUUGGGUCUGGAGAGGAGUUGCUAACGCUUUUUCGGGGUUUUUUUUUGUGGUGGUUUUUUUUUUGUCUUCUUUUUUGUUCUCUCUGUGCCCUCCCCUCUUCUCGCCUAUCAUUGGAAAUGAACAAAUUGCAUUUGCAAUUCAGAAAGUAGAAAUACUAAAUAUUCCAUCCCCCGGGAAUCACACAUGUAGUAAUGACAAAGGAUUGCAAAGGAGAGAGUGGCUUCAGUUUCCCAGAGAGAUCCCCUUAAACGGAUUACUAAAUGGGACACUACAUCAGCUAGUUGUCCUGUAGCUGCCUAGAUACAUGCACCGAAAAGGGUGAAGUGAAGAAGUGAAGCCUCCCAGCUAAACUACUAUGAGGUCAGAAGCCUUGCUGCUAUAUUUCACACUGCUACAUUUUGCUGGGGCUGGUUUCCCAGAAGAUUCUGAGCCAAUCAGUAUUUCGCAUGGCAACUAUACAAGACAGUAUCCGGUGUUUGUGGGUCACAAACCAGGGCGGAACACCACACAGAGGCACCGGCUGGACAUCCAGCUGGUCAUGGUCAUGAACAGGACCCUCUACGUUGCUGCUAGGGACCAUAUUUAUACUGUUGAUAUGGACACAUCACAUACAGAAGAAAUUUAUUUUAGCAAAAAAUUGACAUGGAAAUCUAGACAAGCUGAUGUAGACACAUGCAGAAUGAAGGGAAAACAUAAGGAUGAAUGUCAUAAUUUUAUUAAGGUUCUCCUGAAAAGAAAUGAAGAUACACUGUUUAUCUGUGGAACAAAUGCAUUCAACCCUUCUUGCAGGAAUUACAAGAUGGAUACCCUGGAAGUUCUAGGAGAUGAAUUCAGUGGGAUGGCCAGGUGCCCCUAUGAUGCAAAGCAUGCCAACGUUGCGUUGUUUGCAGAGGGAAAGCUGUAUUCUGCCACAGUGACCGACUUCCUUGCAAUAGAUGCAGUCAUAUACCGGAGUCUUGGAGACAGCCCAACUCUGCGGACAGUUAAGCAUGACUCAAAGUGGUUGAAAGAACCAUACUUUGUCCAGGCAGUGGACUAUGGCAAUUACAUUUACUUCUUCUUCCGAGAAAUAGCAGUGGAAUACAACAGCAUGGGAAAGGUAGUUUUCCCAAGGGUGGCUCAGGUUUGCAAAAAUGACAUGGGAGGAUCUCAGAGAGUGCUGGAAAAACAGUGGACUUCCUUUCUCAAGGCUCGUUUGAACUGCUCAGUUCCUGGCGAUUCACACUUUUACUUUAACAUACUCCAGGCAGUUACAGAUGUUAUCCAUUUCAAUGGUCGGGCUGUUGUUUUAGCAACCUUCUCCACUCCAUAUAAUAGCAUCCCUGGCUCUGCAGUCUGUGCCUAUGACAUGCUUGACAUUGCCAAUGUAUUUACUGGGAGAUUCAAAGAACAAAAGUCUCCAGACUCAACAUGGACACCAGUUCCUGAUGAACGAGUGCCCAAGCCCAGGCCUGGUUGCUGUGCUGGCUCUAUGUCAUUAGAAAAAUACGUAACCUCUAACGAGUUUCCAGAUGAUACUCUGAACUUCAUCAAAACACAUCCUCUGAUGGACGAGGCUGUACCUUCCAUUGUCAAUCGACCCUGGUUCCUGAGAACUAUGGUCAGAUACCGCCUGACCAAAAUUGCCGUGGACUCUGCUGCUGGACCAUAUCAGAACUACACUGUGGUUUUCUUGGGAUCAGAGAAGGGAAUCAUCCUGAAGUUUUUGGCACGGACAGGAAACAGUGGUUUCCUAAAUGACAGCCUUUUCCUGGAGGAGAUGAACAUUUACAAUCCUGAAAAGUGCAGCUACGACGGUGUGGAGGACAAGCGGAUUGUGGGCAUGCAGCUUGACAAGCCCAGCAGUGCCCUGUAUGUCGCCUUCUCCACCUGUGUCAUCAAGGUUCCCCUGGGACGUUGCGAGCGUCAUGGCAAAUGCAAAAAGGCCUGCAUAGCAUCCAGAGACCCAUACUGCGGGUGGAUGAAGGAGAGCGGAGUGUGCACACAGCUGGUCCUUGGCUCCAAACUGGCAUUUGAACAGGACAUAGAACAUGGCAAUACAGAUGGACUGGGUGACUGCCAAAAUUCCUUCGUAGCCCUGAAUGACAUCUCAACAGCUUCACCUGAUCAUGAAAUGUCUUACGACACAGUGUAUGGACACUCCAGUUCCCUAGUCCCAAGCACCACCACUUCCGACUCUCACGCUCGACAGGGUUAUGAUGCUAGGGGACGCAUGCUGGAUUGGAAGGAUCCGCUUGGUUCAUCUGAAAAUACAGAUCCAUAUGUGGCAGUUUCAUCCCAUAAUCAUCAAGACAAGAAGGGAGUGAUUCGUGAGAGUUACCUAAAGGGUCAUGAUCAGCUGGUUCCGGUCACCCUGUUGGCCAUUGCUGUUAUUCUUGCUUUUGUCAUGGGGGCUGUCUUUUCGGGCAUCAUUGUGUACUGCAUCUGUGACCACCGCCGCAGAGAUGUGGCCGUUGUACAGAGGAAGGAGAAGGAAUUGACCCACUCUCGCCGUGGCUCCAUGAGCAGUGUUACCAAGCUCAGUGGCCUCUUCGGGGACACUCAGUCCAAGGAGCCAAAGCCUGAAGCUAUCCUCACACCUCUGAUGCACAACGGCAAGCUGGCUACCCCAGGUAACACUGCCAAGAUGCUAAUCAAAGCUGACCAGCACCAUCUGGACCUGGCUGCCCUGCCAACCCCUGAGUCCACCCCAACCCUGCAACAGAAGAGAAAGCCCAGCCGUGGCAGCAGGGAAUGGGAGAGAAACCAGAACCUCAUCAAUGCCUGCACAAAAGAUAUCCCCCCAAUGGCCUCUCCCGUGAUCCCAACUGACCUGCCACUCAGGGCUUCUCCUAGCCACAUUCCCAGCGUUGUCGUCCUGCCCAUAGCCCAGCAAGGCUACCAGCAUGAGUACGUUGACCAGCCAAAAAUGAGUGAUGGAGCGCAGAUGUCUGUGGAGGACCAGAAUGCAACCCUUGAGUACAAAACUAUCAAGGACCAUCUCAGCAGCAAAAGCCCCAGCCAUGGGGUUAACCUGGUGGAAAAUCUCGAGAGCAUGCCACCAAAAGUACCCCAGCGGGAAGCCUCCCUCGGGCCCCCAAGCGCCUCAUUGUCACAAAGUGGCCUGAGCAAGCGGCUGGAGAUGCACUCUUCUGCUUACAACGUGGACUACAAGAGAAGCUACCCUACAAACUCGCUCACGAGAAGCCACCAGACAUCGACCCUCAAAAGAAACAACACUAACUCUUCUAACUCGUCCCACCUCUCCCGCAAUCAGAGCUUCGGCCGAGGCGACAACCCGCCACCGGCCCCGCAACGAGUGGACUCCAUACAGGUCCAUGCUGCACAGGCACAGGCUGUGACUGUAUCUCGACAGCCGAGUCUUACCACCUACAAUUCGCUGACAAGGUCAGGGUUGAAACGCACACCCUCGCUAAAGCCAGAUGUACCUCCCAAACCUUCCUUUGCUCCACUCUCCACAUCCAUGAAGCCCAACGAUGCAUGUACAUAAUCAGAGUUGGGGGGGAGGGGGGAUAAUGGCAAUUAAGCAGAGGUUGCCCUCAAAAUCCAGUGUUCUGCAACUGUUAUUGCUUGCUCCUCUGAGAAGAAGGUUGUUGUAAGCUGAAGAUGUGUUGAAUUUCUGCUCUCUGGGAAAAGUGGAAUAUUUUUUUAAACCCGAGCCAUACGACUCAUGGUUGAAGGUUUGCAAUUGCAGGACUUACCCCCACAACCCACCAGUUCUUUGCUCAAAAGAGUAACCCUCCAUCACAAACGUUGAGCCAAAAGCACACAGGUGAAAGAUGACUGUGACAUUUCACCCCCUACCCCCAACUGCACAGUGCAUUCCUGAACUGGGAAAGAGUGCUCUGAAAAGCAAAACAAAAACAAACAUUUAAAAAAUACAAAAAAUAAAAAGAAAAAAAAAUCCAUUGAUAAAGCUAACUUUGACUUAACCGUGGCAGAAGUUUACUAUGUGCAGGUACUGUGAAAUGAUGCCCAUCAGUAUUACAGCCACUUGGUUACAGCAGUUAAAACCCGUGUUGGGCAAACUAUGUCAUAGAUUUCUGCUACCCUUCUCUUUUAACGAAUAACACAUGUGACUGUUAACACAAGUAACUCUUCUUAUUUAUUGUUCAACUUUCUUUUUUCCUAAAGAAAUGACUUCUGCAUAUCAUCCUGAGAGCAGCUCUUCAGAGAAGUACCUUGAAAGCUAUACCUAUUUAACGUGAAACCCAUUAACUGGAGUAAUUAAAACUCUUUUAUUUUUCCAAUAAAUUCACUGAGGUAGAUAAAUUGGAGCUGGAAUUCUGAACUUUGUGCCUGGACUGCCUGAUUAGCUGAAAAAAAAAAAAAAAAAGAAAAGAAAAAAAAAAAUAAGGGGAUAUCUGUUUAAGUCUCUCAGCUAAUUAGCUGGCUUGGCCUCUGACCUAAGACAGCAACAAACAAAUACUGCGAGUUCAUAACUUCUAAAGCAACUGCAAGAGAAACUCUUUAAAAGCUGCACAUUUGUGCACCAUUGCUAUCAACAUGGCUUUGUCAGUAGCUAAUACUUUCUGUGAAGGCACCAGCUUGUGAUGUGCCAUCUCAUUUCACCUUGCAUGUGAGACGGCAAACAAAAUCCUCAAACAGUGUGAACUAAUUAAUAUGCCGGCUGUUACCAUGCAUAAAUUAUGGUCUUAUCACACGGGUUUUUCGUGGGAAAUAUAUCUGUGAAUAGCCUGUUUUCUUCCACAUGUAAAUUUGUGCCUUACACCCUCAGUUGUGUAUACUUGUGAGCUGUAGUAUGUAAAAACCUUUUUCUUUUUCCCCUUUGAGUAAUGCAAAUAUUUAUUGAUCCUUCCUCCUCCAAGCCCUUUAAAGAACUGGAGUAAAGACAUAGAAUGAAGAACGUGGUGGUUAUUGUCAUAACCCCAUGUCCCUUAAUAAAUUAGGCUAGCACCAUAUCCUCCGCUUUGAUUUGACUUUAUAGCUGUGCCAAGUCCUCCCUCAAAACCGCCUACAAGCGGCAAUGCUCCCAAGGCACCAUGCUGGGGGUUCCGCCUUCCUCCACCUCCUGCUCCCCCUUUACUGCCUGUCAGUGUGGCGAUCAUCUCACCGGGCAGCAGGGAAGUUACCAACACCUUUGUCCAUCAGGACUGGUGUGUUCCCUGCCGGUAUGUUCCCCUUUGUCCACAAGCACCGGGGAGAGGGGUCAGCCCUGCAGAAAGCCUGGCCACGCAUCCUGCAGCACGCAGGGCUAAAGGAGCGAGGACAGGCAGGCAGGCUCCUGCUGUGGCUACCUGCUGCUCCAGAAGGAUGCUGCAUAUACUUCUUUGGGGAAAAAAUGGCUUUUUUUUUUUUUUCCUUUGUUUCUUUUGUGUGACUGUGCAUGUAGCUAGCGUGGGAGUGUGCGUGCACACAGGUGUGUGCGUGUGUGUGUGCACGCCAGUGUGCAAGUUCCUUUCCAAUCUUUUGGUUUAUGCAAAAAUGUAGACGUGUUUUUAAUCUGUUACAAUAACUGUGUCAACAUACUGUAGAAAAAAUGAUGGGGAUCGCUUCUAAGCUUUUUAUAUAUAUAUAUAUAUAUCUACUGAACAGUAUGUUUGAGUAAGGUGGUUGUUGCUGUUUCAAUUUGUUUUUUAAAAUUUUAUACUUCCAUUUGUUUUUCAGGGCUUUGUUUUUGUUUCUGAAUGAUUGAAAAGACAGAUUUUAAGUCCAUUAGCUUAUAGAUGGUAUAUAUAAAGUCUGGAUGGUCUAGACCAAAGUGUGUAACAAGGGUGCUUGCAUGUUCUUUCAUUUCACCAUGGCUUCUUUAUGAAACAGUUUUGUUCACCCCUAGUGAACUAUGCAGACUGGAGUAGAUAGAUCAGUGUCCGAACUAAUGUUGUUUUAAUAAAAACAAACAGAAGACCCUUUGAAAACAAUAGGUAGCAAGGUCAUUUUUUAAAAUGAACCAACUCACAACCUUUUUAUCACGCUCCAAACCACUGGAGCACCAAACACGCAGGUGCCCUUGAUACUACCCCACAAAGUGUUCUCCUAAAACAUAGAGAUGAAUAAUCAUGGCAACAGCUUGUGUAGCGAUCUGCCUUCACAAUGUACACCACACCAGUUACUUGGUUGACCUGAAAGCGUGUAUUUUGUAGUUGGUGGAUCUUCCGCUUUUGUCCUUUCACUCACCCAGUUCCCUUCCACCCUCUGUUUCGAGGGGUUCAUGAACCUAUGUGUGCCUUUGCUUUCCACCCUUGCUAUACACUGGUAGAUGCAACAAAUUCAGACUCUCAUUUGUUGUAAAGUUGUAAAGUAUUGUGAUGUCAUCAGUUUCCCUUCAUUUCCACAUCCCCCUAACAUCUGAGUCACAACUUAAUGUAUGUUGUAAAAAAAUUUAAAAAUUAAAAAAAAUUCAAAAAAAAGGCAAGAAAGAAAGAAAAGGAGGAGGAAGAGAAAAGGGGAAAUAAAAGCUCUUGAUUACAUAUGGAAAUAAAACCAGACUGUUCUACCUUA